UUCGUGAACUGUCAAACGAGAAGAAAUACUUCCCAAAAUCGUCAAGUAGAUGUGAAAAUAUUUUUUAGUAUCAAUAUAAUAUUAAAUAGUCGAUGAUAAUUUUCGAAGCAUUUGUUUCUCAACGAAGCCGAUCGAUUGAAUAUGAUUUCGAAGACAACAGAUUUAGCGAUCACCAAACGUCGCGAUGAUAUAUUUCUGGAACCCAGCCACGUGAAAAUAUCGGCACUCCUGUACGAAAUAACUGAUCGUACCAAACAAUUGGCUGAACCGCGUGCUCGGUUGGAUAGCGACAAGAAAUUUCAAAGUCGUGCGACCGCGGCGAGCAUUCCGAAAGCUUCGGCACGCAUAAUCGAGCUUUCGAAACCACGGCAGCCGUAUCAACACCCUUCCAAGCCUAUCGGUUACGUUUCACGCGGUGCUCUACACGCGGUCGCCACGCAACGUAUAAUUGAGUUGUCGAGACCGAAAAGGAAGCGAAGGGCAAAGG